AUGUUUCGGACAACUUUUCUUGCCCGUGCGCUGCUGCGGGGCCUCCCUUGCGCGCACGUCGUCGCUGUUACGUACCACUCCAUCCUGCUCAGGAGCGACGGCACUGCCAUGGCCUGCGGUUGCGCUUAUGAUGGUCAGUGCUGCUUCCCCCGGGCCAUCGAGGACCUGACCUACACGCAGGUCGCCGCUGUCACACACCACACCGUCCUGCUCAGGAGCGUUGGCACUGCCAUGGCAUGCGGCUGCGGUUAUGAUGGUCAGUGCUACUUCCCCCAGGUCAUCGAGGACCUGACUUACACGCAGGUCGCCGCUGUCACACACCACACCGUCCUGCUCAGGAGCGCCGGCACUGCCAUGGCCUGCGGCUGCGGUUAUGAUCGUCAGUGCUGCUUCGCCCAGGUCAUCGAGGACCUGACCUACACGCAAGUCGCCGCUGUCACACAACACACCGUCCUGCUCAGGAGCGCCGGCACUGCCAUGGCCUGCGGCUGCGGUUAUGAUGGUCAGUGUUACUUCCCCCAAGUCAUCGAGGACCUGACCUACACGCAGGUCGCCGCUGUCACGAACCACACCGUCCAGCUCAGGAGCGACGACACUGCCAUGGCCUGCGGCUGCGGUUAUGAUGAUCAGUGCUGCUUCCCCCAGGCCAUCGAGGACCUGACCUACACGCAGGUCGCGUCUGUCGCACACCACACCGUCCUGCUCAGGAGCGCCGGCACUGCCAUGGCCUGGGGCUGCGGUUAUGAUGGUCAGUGCUACUUCCCCCAGGCCACCGCUUUGGUCUUCACCUUCUUGACGGCCAUCUUCAUCAUGGUCGCCGCGUUCAUGUCCCAGCGCUCGCCGCAUUCGCCUUGUGUGCCGAAUUCCACGGCCAAUUCCGCGAGUGUCGAGCGCAGGACCAUGCAGAUGUUCGUCAAGCCCUUGGCGGGUCAUACGUUGGCCAUGAACGCCCUGGUCACCGACACGAUAUACAGCAUCAAACUCAUCAUCCUAUCACGGGCCGGCAUCCCCCUUGACCACCAGCGCCUUCUUUUCGACGGGCGUCCGACAGAAAACGGCAAGCGUUUAUCUUCUUACGACAUCGGGAACGGUGACACCCUUCGCCUGACAGCGCGCUUGCGUGGGGGCGGCCGGAAAAUCAGACACACCGACCCUCCGCCAUGCCGCCGUGCCGAUUGGUGCGGCUCCCUGACCACGCAGUGCGCCGGCGGGUGCUGCGGGCCCACGGAGAGGAACCCUCUGGGCAGCCACCGGGUCCAUUCAUCAUUCCUCCAUACAUCCAUACCUCUACCUCCGUACCUGCUCCGCGCAAGCAACCUGCACAACCUGACUGGCUGGCAUGCGUUUGGCUUGUCGCCUGUUGGACUUCAGUAA